GGGCGGCGCUCGGAGGGAGGGGAGCGGGACCGGGCGUGCCGAGGGCGGCGCUCGGGCGGGAGGCGCGCCCGGCGCGGGAGAGCCGAGCGGGACAUGGCCGAGGCGGGCCCGCUGCCGCCCGCGGCGGUGCCCGAGGGAUCGCCCGGCGCCCAGCCCCGGAGGGUCCGCGGCGGGAGCGAGGGGUCGGGGCCGCCGGAGCUGCCCGGCGGCGACAGGCGGGAGCUGCUGGAGGAGGUGGAGAUGCAGAUCGGCGACGCCGCCUUCUCGCUGGCGAAGAUCCUGGAGGCGACGUCGGCCGUGUCGGCCCAGGUGGAGGAGCUGGCCACCAAGUGCUCGGAGAACGCCCGGUUCCUCAGGACGUGGCGGGACCUGCUGAGGGAGGGCUACGAGUCGCUGAAGCCCAGCGGCUGAGGCUGGCGCUGCCGCCGAGCCGCCCGCUCGGCCCGGGCUGCGGCGGGGUUCCUCUCGACCGUCCCCUUUAGGCAGCUCACGUGGAGCUUUGUUUUCCCCCAAAGUUCUUUCACAAAUACUUGAGGGCUCUCCUAUGGAUGUUUUAUGUUAGUCUACCGAAUAAAACAACUUUGUUUAGGGAAUCAGUUUUUACUUUUAGAUUCUUCGUUGAAGCUCAAGCGAUCUCAUACUCCUAUUUUUUUUCUCUCUUUCGUGCUAUCGUGGUAGAUAUAAAGUCAGUAUUGUGCUGCAUUCAGAACUCCUUACUGGUAGGGAAGUAGUGUCCUGUGAUAAAGGAUUAUCAGCCCUCCUUUUACAGCUAUCACCAACAGAAACCCUGCCAACCCCAGAGAAACUUCAGGUUUUUGUUAGGCACAAUUUUUCCUCCUGUUGAGUAUGGGAUAAUGCAGCAAGUUGUGGCUCAUUGAUGAGCUGUAGAAAAAUUGUAUCCCAAACGUUUUAGCAGUAUUGCAAUGUAUGUCUAUAAAGCUGUGGAUUAUUUUUUGCAAGAUGUUUUAUUACUGCAAACAAUUUUACCCUACCUUUUGUUGUAAUGAAGUGCCUUAUGAUGGACUGUAUAUCUCUGCAGGUUAGAAGUUUAACAGCAUUGUUUACUGAUAGGAUGAAUUAUUUUGAACUGUAAGUAAAAACUUCCAUUAGUUAGAAAAGAAUCUGUGACACAUCCCGUUGCUGGGGAAGCACAUCAGAGCUUUUCCUGUAUUUGGUCCUGUUUUUUAUCUUUGCCUUAAGUACUGACUAUUUUAUGACCUAGAGCUUACUGUUAAUAGAACCUUUUGGUCUGAAAGAUGGCUGAUCUGUAAUAAAUAGCUGUCCUGACACUCCUGUACCUUUACCAGCCACUGUGAAAAAAGGUAAUGCUGAGAUGCAAUGGCAGGCUGCAGGAGAACAUGACUCUGCCAUGAGUUAUUAGCAGGCUUUAUUUUUACUUAGAGGACUUUGAGAAAGACCCACUCUAGUGUGCUUGUCAAAGAAAUAAAGAUGUUGCAAAAAUUCUGAA